AUGAAUGGAUACCCAUAUAAAUUAGCCAUUCUCACAGCUCUAGUUAUACGGAAGUUUGAGCUGCCACUUGAGGAAAUAAGCAGAAGAAUCAGGAAUUUUAUUGAUGAUUUCUUGAAUCUCUUGAAGAAAAUACAGAACGAAGAAGAAGAAUUCAUUGCUUCAAAACUGGAUGACAUUGAAAAGCUAAGAAUGGAAGUGAGAUUCCUAAGAACAUUUGUCCUGUUUGGGAAUUCCAGUUUGGACGAUGACUUUUAUGAGAGGAUGUCCAACAAAAAAAACACGUUCAUUGUUAUGACUUGGUCACUUUUCUCUCAAGAUAAAUUAAUCCUAGAGAAAUACAACAUCGGAGGUCUUGUGCCUCUGCUGUGGAAAGAUAUGAAAAGUUAUUUGAGUUUGAAGAAUGAUAUUAAUUAUGUACUUUUUCAGAUGAAAGAUGAGAAAAUGUUUGAAUACCUUUUCACAAACCUCCAUGAUCUACCAAACUAUUAUUCUUAUUUGAUCCUCCCACACAUGACUGACUACAACAUUCUUCGCCAAGUAUUCCGUCAUCUGACAGAUUUCUAUCCUAUCCUCCUGGCCAACAAAACAACUACUACUACUCAAUAUCUCUUUCCUCGCUUCCAAUUCAUUGCUCAUACACUUGUACAAUUCUAUUUUGCUAUUUGGACUGGAAAGUAUGAACCACAUUAUGAAGAUGAUAACCCUUAUGAUGACUAUAGCAUCUCUGAAUACUCUUCCAACAUCACUUCUCUACUGAUCGACAUAAUCCCUCUUGAGCUGGAGGUUCUAUACAUUUCUACUUCUAAGCUCAUGAAAGAAUCAAGGUCAACUGAACAAGAACGGUUUGUGAAGCAAAUCCUAAAAGCAUCUCCAAGGAUUCUUCAAAUUUAUCUCAUUCAUCUCCAAGGACGCAUGGCUGGUGCAGUAGCUGCCAAUUAUGCUCUCACUCAAAGCAUUAAUGUCAUGAUGGAGUUCCUAUUGAUCUUUCUCACCGAUAUACCAAAGCGUUGUAUCCAUGGUGACAAAUUGAACGAUAUGUUGGCACAUGUAGGACUACUUACAAGGAAUAUAUCUAUUCUGGUCAGAAAGCUGUUAGAGGAGAGCUCUGAGAAUAAUUUCAAUGAAGUGGACUUUUCAGCUCAAGACUUGUUGCAAGAAAUUGAACAAAUGAAGGGAGAUAUAAAACAGCAUUUUUUGAAAGCCCCGGAGUCAUCUCAACUUUGCUUUCCUAUGGAUGAUGGUUUCCUCUUCAUGAAUCUUCUACUCAGACAUUUAAAUGAUUUGCUCAUUUCAAAUGCUUAUUCAGUUUCUCUCAUAAAGAAAGAAAUUGGGAUGGUGAAAGAAUGCCUUGAAUUCCUAACAUCAUCUUUCGGGAAAGUCAGGCAAACAUUGGGUGACAGUACUAGUGGGGUAGUUGAAGAUUGUUGGUUGCGUGCUUUAGAUGUGGCAUAUGAGGCAAAACAUGUCAUUAAUUGCAUUCUUGUCAGAGAUAAAGCUCUCUCGCAUCUCCUCUUCUCACUUCCGAAUGUCAUUGAUAAGAUCAAGUUUAUCGUGGCAGAAGUCACCAGCUUACAAAUGGAGGAUAAGAAUGGGGAUGACCCCCUUGAUGCAAAGUCUUCCAACGAUCUAACUGAGUCAACCUCAUCAUCUUUUGUUGAGGUAACGGUAGUUCAUGAAGAAGAUGAAGCCUGGAUCAUUGACCAGCUCCUUGAUGAACAUGAAUCCAAGCUUGAUGUCAUUUCGAUUGUCGGAAUGCCAGGAGUCAGUAAAACUACUCUAGCCAACAAAGUGUAUAACAAUACAUUAGUUGCUAGUCAUUUCAAUGUUCGUGCUUGGUGCACUGUUUCCCAAAAGUAUAACAAGUCAAAAGUGUUGCGGGAGAUUCUUCAGCAAGUUACUGGCUCGGAAGGAAAAGAAAGUGAUGAUGACUUUGCUGAAAAGCUACGGAGAGCACUGUAUGAUAAAAGGUACCUUAUCGUCUUGGAUGAUGUGUGGGAUAUUGCAACAGGGGAGAUGUUAAUAGCAUGUUUUCCAAAGGUUAAGAGAGGAAAUAGAAUCAUCUUAACUAGCCGAAGUGAUAAGGUAGGUUUGCAAGUUAAAUUCCGUAGUGAUCCUCUCCACCUUCAACCUUUAACACCUGAAAAAAGUUGGGAGUUAUUCGAAAAAAGGGUAUUUGGAAAAGGAAGCUGCCCUGCUGAACUGUCGGAUGUUGGACACCAAAUAGUUGAAAAAUGUCAAGGGCUUCCUAUGGCUCUUGUUUUGAUUGCUGGAGUAAUUGUUAGAGAAAGGAAAGGAAAGGAAAAGGAUUUGUGGCUUAAGAUUCAACAUAAUCUGGAUUCCUUUGUUUUUGCCAACAUCAAUUUGGAGAUGAUGAAGGUUAUGCAAUUAAGUUAUGACCAUUUACCAUACCACCUGAAGCCGUUGUUGCUUUACUUCGCAAGAGAUCGAAAGAGCAAACGAACUCCAGUGUCUAAGUUGAUGCAGUUGUGGAUAGCUGAAGGGUUGGUGGAUCAUGAUAUCUCAUUCAAGAGUAGUUUAGAGGAAGCAACUCAAAGUUACUUGGAUGCUUUAAUUUCCAGUAACCUGAUUAUGGUGGAUUAUAGACUCUUCAACCUAAAGGAAGUCAAACCUUUUUCUGAUAUUAUCAAGGUUUGCUAUGUGCAUGAUGUUGUGCAUGAUUUUUGUUCAGUAAAAGCGAAAAAGGAAAAGUUUCUCAAGUUAAUCAAUCCAGGUGCUCGAUUUCAUGCUUCUGAUUUCCUACACCAUCGUCUAACCAUUCAUACUGAGGCGGGUGAACUCCACAAAAAAUGUGUUUUGUUCAAUUCUAAAAAGUGUUCAGCUGGUAGUAAGCAUCUCAUAUCUUUGAAAGUUGGCGGUUCGAUUCUUAAGUCCAACUAUAUCUGUCACACAAGACCCUUUGGACUUGUUAGAGUGUUGCAACUGAAUAGCAUUAUUCUGGGAGAUCAUUUAGUGGAAGAAAUAGGCUCCCUAUUUCAUUUGAGGUUCUUAAAGAUUUGGACUCUUGAUGUAAAAGCUAUCCCACUGUCGUGGUUGAACCUCCAGAAUCUGGAAACUCUGCUGAUCAGUACGCACUAUAAUUCCAUUGUUUUACUGCCCAGAUUAUUCAAACUGUCAAAACUGAAACAUGUGAAAAUUGACAAGAGUUCUUUCUUUGAAGAGGAAAUGGAUGCGGACAAUAUUAAGCAUCAACCAAAGUUAGAACACUUGACAAGUUUAUCCAAAGUUGUUAUCUCAUAUACUGAAGCCACGAGUGAUGCUCUGGAGAAGUUCCCGAAUCUUCAGCACCUUCAUUGCACCAUUGAGGAACCGCAGUCCUCUCCUACACACGACGAUUGGUUUCCCAAGCUUGAUGUGCUUAAUAAACUUGAAUCAUUAAUAGCAAUAUACCGUUGCUAUGAAUAUUCCGUGUUAAUCCGAGAACCCAAUGAAUAUCACUUCCCCAGCAGCUUGAAAGAGUUACGGUUGAAUUUAUUUCACAUGAGACCUGCUUUGUUGUUAGCAAUCACGGCAUUGCCUCAGCUUGAAAUCCUAGUGAUUAUCCAUUCUUAUUUUGUGGAGGAUAAGUGGGAUGCAAGUGAGGACAUCUAUCAAAGUCUUAAGACAUUGACUUUGCGAGAGGUCAGCCUUUCAGAAUGGCAAGUUGAUAAGGAAACUUUUCCCAGGCUUGAGGAAUUAAUACUAGAAUACUGUGAGGAGUUUACGAAGAUCCCUUGUGAAUUUGGGGAUAUAGACACUUUAAAGUUCAUUCAUUUAACAAAUGUUAACCAUCAGGUUGGAGAUUCCGCCAUGGAGAUUAAGGAAGAUGUAAUAGCUUUCACAGGAGAGGACAGACUUCAUGUCUAUAAAUUAGAUUGGUGA